UUUCUUUGUUUAUAUGUCGCGAACGAGAUUGGUCGGUCGUGUGGGCGAUUCGCAAAAUAUCUUACCUUGUGUUUUGGAUUUGGUACUCCAGCGGCUGAAACUGCAAUACAUUAUAGUGCAUAAAGUUUAACUCCAUAAAUGUUUGCAGUAUGGGGCUAUCGUUUAAUAAUAAUAUAGGAUAAUUUUAUGCUGGUCUAGGGAAAAUGUGUCCAUGGUUGAAUAAAAUGUAUGUUUCCAAAUCUGUGGGUCGCUAUUCUCUAAGUUAGCUCAUGCAUCAUCGAUGUUCAUGAAAAUGACCUCCAGUGUUUCGAGAAGGAUGUAUAUUACAAAAAGGUGAUCAAUCUGUGAAAAAUAUGUGCAAAAAUUCGAUAGAGAAAGGAUACGAUUGUGUUUCAAAAAUCAAAGUGAAUGGGAUUUUACUCCCGCCUUUAUCAUUCUUAUUAGAAACCUCGAUAUGUUCCGGAAAGCUUCAGUGAUUAAAAGGUCAGCAUAAACUCGAUGCUUGGAAGGAAUGCUAUGCAUACACAUGAUGAAAACAGCACACUACAAGAGUGAAGGCCCAACACAUAUGAGAACUUAUUAGCCUUCCAACUCCGUAUUUGAACUAUUUGCCGUUGCUCUGGUUAACGUUGCACCUUUUGUUCUGAGUCCAAACAAACGCGCGGGAUUCUUGGAAUCAGACGUUCCUGGUUCCACGGCACGAAUAAGAAUUAGUGCUGCUGGUGCUGGUGAUGAUUGCAAAUAUCGACAGCAACGAAAAUAAGCUGAAGUUUGUUGAACUUGCUCGACCGAUUCGUUUAACUUGAGAUUGUUUGCUGGGCGGGCGAAAGCCGUUUCCAAAAAAAAAUCUCUGGCGUUGUAGAACUUGGUGGAUGAGUCAAGAAUGGAAUCGUAAAUAAUGGCGCAAAAAUGGUGAUGUAAUCGGAGUUCUAUACAGAUAAACAAGCGCACGCUUUCAUCGUAAGCAACAUACGGCAGCCCGCAGCAGACAAACUACGUAGAAAUUGAUCGAGUAACUAAUGCAGCAAAAGAAACAUGCGUCAAGUUGAAGACAUUUAAGUAUGGUAGUCAUCGGGUAUGACACAUUUGUGUUGGCGCUGUGAAAGUACGCUCGUUCUCUGCAGGUAACGGAGAAGGGAGCAUUCGUGACGGCUGACUGUGUCUACCCAUUAGUAACUUAUUGACAGCAGUAAGCAAUUGAUUCGCCACGAAUGCGAGUCACAGCUAGGGAGGUCAAGCCUUCGCGUCAGUUACAACGGUGCCCCUCCAUUGACACCAGCAUGGGAAAGCUGAAUACGAACUAUGGAAGCUACUGCUACCAAUCUGGCACAAUGCUGGAUCGAGCUGUGACCAAAUAUUGUACCCAUCGAAACGAUUAUUCCGGAUCACCACCAAGGAACGAUACCGAUGACGAGACGUCCCUGCAGCUAGGGCGGCUCAUUUGUUGUAGGGGAAUUCGUCCGAUGCGCUACGGUGACGACCAGGAUGACAACGAAGAAGAGCAGCAGUCAGACUAUCAUGAACUGGUGGAGAAGUGCGAUGAAUAUCGAUUUAUUUCUUCCGACGAGACUGAUCGGGAUGAGCAAGACGGCGGACACGUCGAGGUGAUUGACGAAAGCCGGCUGGCGUAUCGGGCCGAGGGCAAUGCCAAUAUCGUUCUCUCGUUGAUGGACGAUCAUCGGGUACUGCGGCUGAGAAAAACUGCCAUCAGCUAUCCGGAUGGAAAAGGUAACGUCGACCUGGAGCGAAUCGUCAAAUACUCCCGGGUGAUUGCGAGUCGUUUUUCUCGCCGAUUCGUCCUGCAGCCGAAGUUGGGUCGUCUGGACACGUACGACCUGGAGGCAUUCAACAAAAAGUUAGCCAAAUUUCGACCAGUUAACCGGUUGGACAAGGAAAUUCGAAUGCGAGACUGCAUCCUGUAUCCUGAUGUGGCGUUUCUACCGUUGAAACUAGACCCGUUGACGUUCCGGAAUCAAGACUAUGGACAGGACGGGUUCAGAGGACAUUGGCAGAAUACGUACUGCGUGGAGAUCAAGCCCAAACAAGGUUGGUCCCUGGACGAUAUUUGCUAUAACGAUGGAUUCACUCGGGAUCAGCUGUUUGGAAACUGGGAAGGCGAUCAGCAGCUCGUGGAUCUGAAGUGCACAUCAAAGUGUCGAUUCUGUUUGUUUCAGUAUUCGAAGUUACAUAAAAAAAUGAUUGAAAAAAUCAGUAAAUAUUGUCCGUCGGAUUUAUUCUCUGGUAAACCGAUCCGCAUGCUGAACGCCAUUAAAGGUCUUAUUGGGUCUCCUCAGAACAAUUUAAAGCUCUGUAAAAACGGACGCAUUGUCUACGAUGAGCAGCAGGACAAGUCCGUCUUUAACCGCAUCCUGAAGGAUAUCUUUCCCCGCGAUGGAUGCACCAAAGAAGAGAGAAAAACAAUUUUUAUGAAUCUGAUAAAGGAAGCCUUGUUGAAGGACUUCUCUAGUUUCGAUACACAUCCCGAGAGAAAACUACUUACUCUACGAAAGGAUAGGAAAAAGGAUAAGAAUCUAAUCCAUCAUCGUACCUGCACAUCAAUCAAUUAUCAGUUCCUACCGAGGAAUUGUGUUCUCAAACAAAUUCUGGAUAUGCAACUGUUGGUAAAGCCAACUCUGCCCACGAUUCGGCCGGACUUGUACCAACAGACCUCAUCGGGCGGUAAUCCGUUUUCCUACAUCGAUGAGCUGUACGAAAAGUAUUUGGAUUGCUUGGACGAGUGCUGCGAGCAGCGGUUACCGGUUCGGUCACUUUGCCUCGAGGAUUCCUACCUGAACGAUCAGGAGCGAUAUCAGCUGGGAGCUAGCGCACUGGAUUGUUCCAUUAUGAUUACAUUCCGACGAUUGGCUGAACGCGAAGAGAAAAGAUUGUCGUCGGCGGCCAAGGCACACAUAGUCACGCUGGAGAAAAUGAAAUUCCUGGUAAACGUCACCAUCACCGAUCUGGACCCCAAGUCGCUCAAACACUACAACAAAUACCUCCGCCAGCUGCACGAAUCUGUUGCACAUUAUCGCGAGUUUAUGACCAAGCUGAAACGUUAGACUUUUUUUUAUAGAGUACAUACUGCAUGAUGACGUAGUUUACCAGUUCACAGAGCUUGUUUACAGGGACUUCGUCUCUGGAACAGCUUCCGCAUAAAACUUCUAUGAGGUUUAUAAAGAAUAAUGGUGAUUGAUUUAUGGUAGGAAAUCAAAAUGAUUUUGAACGGAAAAAAUAAAUUUGUAUUUCCGUCUCAUUGAUUUUAAUUCUAACACCCUAAAAACAAGCUCUGUAAACUUUGAAAUAAGUGAGGUAAGGUCAAGAUCUUGCAUUGGUCUAUUGUUGAGAUUUUCGACCAAACAAAAUAGCGUAAUAAUACCACAGUUGUUGUCUUUUCGAUGUAAGGAUACCCAUACUAAUGUGAUUCUUUUGCGUGAGUGUUUUGUAAAGUAGCCAAUUUUCGAUCAAAUUCUAUUUAUUCGCGUAAUUAUGUCUCAGCUUCCACUUCCAUACGUAAGCAUCACGGUUUUAGUAGAAUUAAUACAAAUGUCGAGCAAUAAUAAGUAUUCUUCUGUUAGGCAAUUGUAAAUUUGUGGUAUUAAUUAUGUACACAAAAUCGCUCAUAGUAGUAGAUAAUUAAUGCAAUUUUUAUACUUGUAGAGAUAAUUCUUUUUCAACUUAUUUAUUGAAACGCUCAUAUUAACACAAA